AACACAGCAGCAACCAAACCAAAUCUCCCCGCCACCACCACCAUGAGUCUAAUCGCCGGCUCCUACGAGAAAUUCUUAUGGGGCUUCAAGCUCAAACCCCAAAACACCGACCCUAAUUCCAAAACACUAACCCUAAUCCCCCUCUUCUCCUACCCCUCCCACCUCUCCGCCAUUACCUCCGUCGCCACCGCCGGCCCCGCCGCCGCCUCCGGAGGCUCCGACGACACCAUCCAGCUCUACGACCUCUCCCACGCCACCUCCGUCGGCUCCCUCAACGACCACGCCGCCACCGUCACCGCCCUCUCCUUCUUCGCCCCUCCAAACCUCUCCGUCCCCCUCAACCUCGUCUCCGGCGACGCCGACGGCACCUUCUGCAUCUACGAGGCCGACCCCUUCGUCCUCCUCAAGAGCCUCAAGCCGCACCGCAAGGCCAUAAACGACUUGUCGUUGCACCCCUCCGGGAAGCUAGCUUUGACUGUGGGGAAAGAUGAGUGCUUGGCGAUGAUUAACUUGGUGAGGGGGAGGAGGAGCUUUUAUUGCAGGUUGGGGAAGGAGGCUAGCUUGGUGGACUUCAAUGGGUCCGGGGAUAAGUUCUAUUUGGCUACUGAGGAGAAAGUGACUGUUCAUGAGGCUGAGGAUGCCAAAUUGGUUUGCGAAAUGGAGAAUCCGAAAAGGGUUCUUUGUGCUGAGCCCGGUGAGAAUGGACUUCUAUUUACUGGUGGUGAGGAUCGGGGUAUUACAGCUUGGGACACAAACACUGGGAAGGUUGCAUAUCACAUUGAGGAUGCACAUUCAACCCGCGUUAAAGGGAUUGUGGUGUUGAAAAGCAGUUCUGGUGAUGUAGACAAUGAGGAUCCGUAUCUUGUAGCAUCUGGGUCGUCGGAUGGGGUUAUACGGGUUUGGGAUGUUCGUAUGGCUGUCAAGGAUAAUAAGCCAAAUCCCUUAGCUGAGGCUAAUACAAAAUCAAGGCUUACUUGUCUUGCCGGAUCGUCUCUUAAAUCUUUCAAACAACCACAGGUUGGAAAAAGAGUUCAGAAAGAAAAGCAUGAUGCAGCAAAAGAUGGCAAAUAAGUUUAUAACCAUAUCGUACGGCUAACCCUUCAAAAUGGCUUGAGAAUUUGUAGAGGCUUUAUUUUGUGUGUGCCUAUGUGGUUGUUGGCAUUGCCAAUAAACCUUAAACUGAUAUUUGUUACCCGAAGGGGCUGUGUUGUUUCAACAUAUCAAUUUUGUCAUAAAACUUGUUUGUAUCAGUAUCAGUAUCAAUGUUAAAAGUAUUUAUCGUCUUUCUCAA